CUGGCGCCUUUUGGUCCUUUUCGCUCUCCGUAGAUGUGAGACUCGGCGCGCGACGCAGCGGGUCCUGGUGGGAGAUUUGUACCUGCUCAGAGGAAGUGUGCCGCUGAACCGUGCUGUGUUUUCACCACAACAAUGGCUCUCAACUACCAGGCGUCGACUCUUUCCCUCACUUUGCCGAUUUCGUGCCAGAUAUGUCUCGGAAAGGUUAGGCAGCCGGUCAUUUGUGCCAACCACCACGUGUUCUGCUCGUCCUGCAUGGAAAUGUGGUUAAAGAAAGCUAGCCAGUGUCCGUCCUGCAGAGUCCCCAUCACGCCAGAGAACCCCUGCAGGGAAAUCAUCGGAGGAACAAAUGAGGGAGAUCACAGUGACAGUCCUCCUAUGAGGAAAUGUCUCAGAAAAACCAGAGGAGAGCUGCUUUUACGGGAGUAUGAGGAAGAAAUCGAAGGGCUAAUGAGAGAAAACGAAGAGCUGAAAACAAAAAAUCACAGUCUAGAGGCCCAGCUGAGGACCGCUUUGGAUCCCUGCAGCAUCAAUACAGAGCAACCAGAUGACAAAAGAGUGGCUCCGCUUGUCCUGGAAGAAUGGACAAACAAGUUGCGAGCAGCCACAGAUGUUUGCGACAAAGUAAAGCAGGACAUGGAUAAGCUGAAAGAGGCAAAUAAGGCAUUGCGAUCUCAAAAUGUCGACCUUGUACAAGAAAAUAUGAGGCUGAAAGCUGAGGUGGCGAGCAGAUCUCCUCAAAAGUUUGGUCGAUAUACGGUGGCUGGCACUAAGCUAAAAUUCCAGCAGUAUGAGCGUGAUGUAGACCACUUGAAAAGGGCUCUGGAGCAUGACCAGUACAUUGAUGACCUGGAGUCUCAGGUCAGAAAGUCUGAGAAGAAAUGUCUUGACGUGCCGGAAGCAUGCGGGACGAGCACAGCUGCAACAGAAACUCUGACACAGCAACAGAAAUUGCAUGAUGAUGAGAACUUGAGUGACAACGAGAGGGAGUCGAUCUGCAGCAAUCCAGAGGCAGAAUGCCAACGUUUCCAGGAAUCACAGUUUGUUUAUCCAUCUGCAGAUCAUGAAGACUUUAAUAGAAUCUCAUUGAAACCUCAAGACGAGGGCUCAGACAGCACCUCCUCUGACUUUUACCCACUCUCGUCCACUGCUUUCCGCUCCCUGACUCUGAGGAGCCCCGGCAUCCGUGAAAAGAAAGUUGCGUUUAAACCUGCCGUUGCACCUGAGGAGGCUCAAUUUGAGGAAUUUCCUAGUCCUAGUAAAAGCAGCAUGAGUUUGGAGAAUCAUUUCCGAAGUCUCGAGAAAUUCCACAAAAGCUUGCCUCCAAAAGACGUGAAUCCAUCAAAGUCUGUGUUCUGGGAUGGCUGGCAGAGAUCUAACACUAAUGACCAGUUGUAUCCAAGUUCAAGUAAAGCAAGCUCAGUUGAGGAGUCUGCGUCUGCUAAUCUUGUAGGUGACGGGCCUGAUGGCUUCCAGAUGUCCAGCGAGGCGUCCAUGGAUGCAGCUUACCUGGACAAAAUCUCCGAGUUGGAUUCCAUGAUGCUGGAUGGAGAGAGCUCCAGCAGCCGGGAAUCGCAGCUCUCCCUGGUUUCCUGUCCUACCACAGUCUUAGACAACACUCUUGUCCCAGAACCCAAAGUCCCUGAUGUCAAGUCAAACUAUAGUAACAAACCUGUGGCACAAUGUGAACCCCAAGAACCCCCAACCGUUAGAAAACACUGAUGGCCCUUGAAAAACAAAGACACCAAAAAAGGCUCUGCAGAGGAAGGUUUUGCUGCACUAGUGUCCAGCAGGAAGCGCAGCGCCCAUGCUGGCUGUGAAGGACCCUCUCAGACCGAGGAACUGUCUUUUGAUCUACUGUUUGAUCCUCUGGAUGAGGUUAAGGCCGGUCCCUCAGGCUCUCUCAGUCCAACAAGCCAGGACCAUGACCAUGCAAACAUCUCUCCUUCCUCCGGCUGCACUGGUGGCAAGUCUGUGAACACAACAAGAGAAAGACACGCACUGAACAGCAGUCAGCCAAUAAAGAGAAAAUCUCACAGCCCCUUUAUCACAAGCAGCCCCACAAAACUUUCAAAGCUUAUGUAAAGGUUUCAAAGCAACCCAACCUGUGUGUGUUCUCAGAGUAGCAUGUGUUGGUCAGGCUUAACAACUGGAAGCAUUAUUUGUUGCUUCAGAAUACAUGUCUAAAUCUGAAGCUAGGCUCUAAUUUUCCUGUUGUGGUAUAUGAAUCAGGUCAAAAUAGGGCAGGACGGUUGGAUAGUGUUUGUCCUGUAGCUCUCAGUGGCAGCUAAAUAACUUUGAGAGCCCAUUUUUACAGCCUGUGCAGUUUGUUGUUGGAACAUCACAUUUGGUGCUUAGACAAAUAUAGUUUCACCCUACAUGUCUGUGUUUGGCAUUUGAAACUACUGAGCGGACCUCAUGGCCCUCGUGGUAAUCUUCUGCGGUACUGAAGACGGAUAAAUAAGACUAUCAUGAUAAAACGUAAUAUUCUAACUGAAGUUGCAAUGUGUGUUAUAAAUAAAAUAGUAAUUGCAAUAGAAA